AUGAUAUACGGCUUCGUUUGCCAGGACCUUCGUUUGCAGAUUCGGCAGUCUCGUAACGUCACCGAUGGUCACCAAGGUGGUCAGUCUGGUCAUGUGGAAGAAGCUGGCGUCGUGGAAGCUGGCGUCAACGAAUCAAAUAGGUCGGGGCCAUACAAGAUCACCUACCACAGGCUCUGCGCGCGCGUCAAGAGUACCCACCUAGUCAAAAGAGCCAAUACCCCUCCUACCUCUAAUAUCCAACUCAACCUCAUGCUCACCCGCAAGAGCAUCCACCACGAGGUUCGACUCAUCUUUUACCAUCAAACGCGGUUCCUCUUCGUAUCGCCGCAAGCGCUCAACCACUUCCUGAAUAUGGUCAGCCUAGAAGCAAGAGAAGUGAUUCACCACGUCGAGGGAAAAGAGCAGUUUUUCCUGGUUGCAAACAUGCAUACGCUUCGCGACGAGCUCCCAGCCCUUCGGGCUUUAGACAUCUCUCUCGGGGUCUUCGAUGAGAUGCCGAAGAUUUGUAUGGCUCCUCCCCUGUCCAAUCCUUUCCUUGGUUUCUCCCUGUUCGCGAAUUUGGAGACCCUGCCCUUCUUUGAGGCAUACCUGCAGGUGCAUAUCGCCCCGGACACCCCACACAGGUUCUACAGGUACUUGCAAACGAUGAACCCAGGGCUUCGUGACCUUUACCUUGAAGACGGUGAUUAUCUUCAGGAGACACCGCUCGCGCCGCUUCGGAAUAAGAUGCUAGAUGGCAUUCCGGUGUCCUCGAGAGAUUAUCACGGGGUGGCUUGUGAAGUCCUGUCGCUGAUUUGA